AGGAUUUACUCGUACAAGGAUUAAUUAACCACUUACCAGAUCCGAAAAUCAAAAUCAUAGCUCAUUGGUAUUAGCUGAUGUAUUUCGCAAAAAAAAGAUUUUAUUCAUUAUUGAUGUUUUAUUGACUUGCCAUUUGAAUUAAUGAAACAAUCAUGACUUAAAUUCAAAUUGGAUUGCGUAUUGCCAAUAUUGGGUAUAGACGACAGAGGUAUACUUGUAUUACCAUCAGACUAUAAUUUAAACAAUAGGGUUUGAUUUGACGACAAAGCAAAAGACCAAACAGAAGAUGUGAAGUGUCGAUAAAGUUAAGUGAUAAAAUGUAUAGACAGACGGAAUGAGAACUCUUGUGAUUUUCUUGUCCUUCUGUAUACAAAAUGGCGUGUGUUCGGUCGUGUGUACUUACUCCGGGAUAACGGAGGGUGUUUACUGUAGUGACGGGUUCGAGUGUUGCGAUGACGAUACUACGCAAUGCUGUCCGGAGGGCAUGUCUCCUUGGGCGAUAGCGGGGACUGUGAUUGGCUGCGUGACGUUCGCUGCACUCCUCCUAACAGCCCUGUGCAUCUACAGAGACCAUCGGCUCCGAAACAGGCGCCGCAUCCACGCUAUCACGCCCAGAUUGAUCCUGUCAGGUCCGAAGCCAGUGCCCGUGACCCGGCUAGAUGCCACACACCAGUUUCAUCCGCCCAGAGGUACCCUGUAUGACAAACGGGCUCUCCACGUUCCUUGAUUUUGAAGUUUACAUGUUUGGCAUAUCAAAUUAAUGCAUUAAAUGAUUGCUUUUGAAAAAAACCCAGUUCAUUUUGGACAAAAAUAUUUUACAAAUAAAACACGUUACUUUUU